AUGGCUCCAUUUCAUUGGGGCCAUGAUGAUACCAAUGCAACAACUUAUGUUGUUAAAGAAAAUAGAGAUUUCGAGAUGGAAGACUUUUCAUAUGAUCCUACCAAUGAUGCCUUAGCUAUGAAUCAUCCUACUAGCCUCUAUCACCCUGCCAAUGUUCAAAGGUUCCCACUGAAAAACGAAGCUGCAAUAAGCGAAGUAGAUCCGAGUAUGAAGGGAGUACUAGCUCAGUUGAGAGCAACAAUCAAGCCAAAUUUCUAG